AUGAGUAUUCCAUUGGGUGCAGUAAUAUGGAGUUCUUUCAAGCCAAUCAUAAAAAUUUAUCUGAUCAUAGGUACAGGUUUCCUGCUUGCGCGAGUGGGCAUACUGUCAGUACAGGCGACAAGAAGCAUUUCAGACAUUGUGUUGACGCUACUGCUGCCCUGUUUAUCGUUUAACAAGAUUGUGGGAAACAUCGAGGACAGAGAUAUCAAAACGGUCGGGAUAAUAUGUCUGACGUCAGUUCUACUUUUCGGAACAGGCUUGUUCUUUGCGUAUGUCAUCAGAAGAACAAUGCCGGUGCCAAGACAGUGGUAUGGGGGUAUACUUGCCGGCGGUAUGUUUCCUAAUAUUAGCGAUUUACCGAUCGCAUACAUACAGACGAUGGACCAAGGGUUCAUAUUUCAGCCGGAAGAGGGUGAUAAAGGGGUGGCGUGCGUGAUAAUAUUUAUGGCGAUGUUCAUGCUUUGUGUUUUCAAUCUCGGUGGUUUCAGGCUGAUAGAAUCGGACUUUCAUUACAAGGACAUUGAGAGUGCAGUGACGCCGGAGGAAAACGAUUCUUUGAAAAAUGAACAAGAGGGACAAGAGCUAGAACAAGGUGGACCAACACAUCAACCGCAAAGAACAGAUGACAGCAGUAUUUUGUCCUCCUCCUCCAUUAUAAAGCCAGAGAAGGCCAUAACUAGAAGCUGGGAUAACGAGUCUUCGUCUUCAAGUCGACCUAAUCCGUCAUCUAUUUCCCUCGCCUAUGAUGAUGAUGGAACUGAAAAUCAUGAAAGAGGAAAUAAAGAUGCACCGGGUAACAUGUGGGAUUAUAUAACAACUCGUAAAACUCAGAGUCAACCAGUUGCUUAUACAGCAGACGAGUCACAAAAUCAGCAGCGUCAAAUAAGAGUGAGGCGGCCAUCUAUCAGGUCGAUUGAUUUGAGAGAUUUGCCCUCCGAAAAUGUCACAGAAUUGAUCCGUGAAUAUUCAAACGUUAAUCAGUACGGUAGACCAAGAAGAAAUUCUGCACUCUCCGACGGAGAUCUAGAUGUCGCUCUCGAUGAAGAUGAGCCAUUAAGGUAUAUUCCAAGCAGUACGAGUGGUUCGCUAAUCAAUAGAAACAAAUCAAAUUUGACAAAAAUCUUGACCUCUGAUGCGACCGUUAAUACGCAAGAUAUUAGAACAUCUGGUAGUUCAUUACCGAGUGUCCUGAAAAAAUUUCCUUUGACUCCCUUUAUCGUGUUUUUUUUGAAAAACUGUUUGAGACCGGCAUCAAUGGCAUUAAUUUUAGCAUUGACCAUAGCAUUUAUACCAUGGGUCAAAGCGCUUUUUGUUACUACAAGUUCAACUCCCAAUCUGAAUCAAGCACCAGAUCAACAACCAGCUUUAAGCUUUGUCAUGGAUUACACGAAUUAUAUUGGUGCAGCGUCAGUCCCAUUUGGUUUAUUGUUACUAGGCGCUACCUUAGGAAGAUUGAAACUAACAAAACUCUAUCCUGGUUUUUGGAAAUCCGCGCUUACAUUAGUCGUGUUAAGGAUGUGUAUAAUGCCAAUCUUUGGUGUUCUUUGGUGUGAUCGUUUAGUAAAGGCAGGUUGGGUUAAUUGGGAUGAUGAUAAAAUGUUACUAUUCGUGAUUGCCAUUGAUUGGGCAUUACCAUCAAUGACCACCAUGAUUUAUUUUACGGCGAGUUAUACCCCUCCAGAUAGUACAGACACAAUUCAAAUGGAUUGCACCUCAUUCUUUUUGAUGAUUCAAUAUCCAAUUAUGGUCGUUAGUCUGCCAUUUUUGGUUUCGUAUUUUCUGAAAGUUCAAAUGAAAAUAUGA